AUGAAAGCUACUUACUUCGCUGCUAUCUUGCUCUCUGCGACUUUCAGUUUAGCUGCACCAGCAGGAUUGAACGAUCUGGUUGCAUCUCCAAAUUCCCUUACACCACUGACCAACUCUAAUGCAAAAUCACCUUCCUUACCUAUCAACCAAAUCGGUUCAAUCCUCACUCCUCCGACAGCACCAGCGAGACCCGAUGAGUACGUUUCAGGAGUAUUGAAAUCCCAUAAACCAUCUAAGAGAGGUAUCGAUCUACCUUUACAUGAUACUUCCAAAUCAUCCAAAUCGAAAUACCAAUCGGGAAAUACCAAUCUACUCGAAGACGUCAAAGACAAGUUAGAUGGCAAAAACGAUGACAAACUAAAAGGAGUAUCUGAGACUGUCAACAAGGUUAUGAAUAUGAAAGGGCAUGGAAAGAGGAGGAUGGAUAAGAGGGAAUUUGUAGACAUGGCGGUUGAUCAUCUGGGUAGAAAGGUAGUCAGGAGAGGAAAUGAUUUCCAGAUUCAGGAGAUUCAAGAUCAAGGUAGACAAUGGGGAGGUGCGAAUGAGUUGAGCGAUGAGAACGAUGAGCCGUUUUAUGAAUAA